AUGGACGUUGCUAGGCCUCAAAUCAAGACUGCGAGCAAUGGCUCGCUGCAUAAUGCCUACAAGACAACCAUAAUGAUUCCCACUGGAGCCCUCCCUCGGGGCCAUAUUGCCGCUCAAAGACGGCCUCUCCGAAAUCUCAGCCAGAAUUCCAUUUUGUUAUCCACUACCGGACUUCCAACAGGUCUGAUGAAGACGACCACGGAAACUGGGGGUUUGGCAGCCUUGUCAACGGCCACGCCGGCAGCAUACUAUCAACCUCCCGUAUUACGACCGGAUAUCGUUGCCGGGACUCCUCCGCCAAGAUACACCCCCAAAAAGUACGAAGAUUGCUAUUACGCUGAUGAUUCCAGGCCUUUCCGCUCAUACAGAGACACGACUUCCGAGAUCAUCUCUCUCUACGGAUAUGACAAUCACGGGUUUUACAUGGGCUCUGCUUCUCCAUUACCAGAUGGAAAUGCCCAGAGGUCGAGCUCCAUCACCACCAACGGUUCCCGUCAGUUGUCUUGCCAGAAAUCUUCGGCGGCUUUUCCAGGCCAUAUCAGCUCGGCUGGGCUGCAACGACCACGAUCCCCAUUUCCAUAUCCGACACGGCUCAAGAGGCCAGGGGUGCGGCCAGCUUCCCCUGCCUUGGCUGAAAACGGUUGGAUUGAUUACAGUAGAAUGGUUGAGCUUGACCAUGUUUCACAAAGAACUGUCCACGGCUCCUACAGACCAAGCUGUAGGAACUCGUCUCGUCGGCAGCCACCCUUGUCCCUCAGGUCUGACAUGAACUACUCCACUACGUCGCUGCCUUCAAGAACGUCUCCAGGCGCGUAUCUUCCUAUGACGAGAACGCGCAGGCCCAGAACACCGAGCUCCUCACAAUCCGGAGCCAGCGGGCGUGGACUCUUUGAGAGGCACGCCAGGUUUCCAUUUGAUCGUGGGACAAGAUCCCCCAGUUUGACUUCCAUUGUCGGCAUGUAUCAGAGACCUGGUACUUCUAGAGGUUCCAGACCAUCGACCCAAACAGUUGGCCAGUUUUAUUAUGACUACAGCGAGGACUUUGAGAAGCCAACUGCAUCUGUUCAUGAGGCAGAUCAAAGACCUGCGAUGGACAACACACACCAAUACGAUGACCGUGAGCGGAAUCAUCAUUCCACUCCUAUAAAAGGCCCAGAAUCACACAUUACCAACAUGGCAAAGUACAAGGCGUCAGGCGGUCGGUAUGACGCUUGCCUUCAAUCUCAGGUAUCCGCGGAGGAAGAGGGGCACGAAACUGCGUCUGUGGACGGCCCAGGAAGCUCCGACGGCUCGAAUGAAACUCCUCAUCUUGAUCUGCUCUCCAUCCGGAGGCUGUCUCAGUCUGCUCCGCCAGAUACGAAGAAGCAUCUCAGGGACUCGGCCUGUCAGCCUCUUGGGGUAGACCUGAGAGCUUCUAUCCAUCAGAUAAGGUUUUCAAGGUCAAGUCAAACCUCGCAAGAUCUUCUCAGUGGAGCGGCUGGCGACAACUUGUCCAGCGGUGUCACCAACCGGGAUGGAAUGGGGGCAAUGCGAUGCACACUUGAUCCAACGCUACCAGAUUUUGCAUCCAUCUUCUCCUCGUUUGACAAGCUGGCAAAGUCACCUUGCUUCAGCCGAAUUGGGCGCCGAUCUAGCCAGCUAGAUGACGCUGAGAAUACUUUUACCUCUGUGCACGAUAUCAGCCGAGAGACUAAGCAUCGUAACCUGGGAUCUGUACAUGAAGUGUUUACGGGUGACGACCACGGGGUAGAGCUCGUCCAAGAGGGCAAGUUGGAGGGCGACGAGCGGGAGUUUGAUAUCUUGUCGCCUGAACCGAUCUCUCCUGUGCAGGAACUAAAAGUGAAGAAUAGCAUCCCACGUUUGAUGAAGGCGUUGCCACCAUUACCUUCCGAUUCACUUCGAGUCCAGAAACCGAGCCCCGGCGUCGUGCAAGAAUCGCCGCCGCAAUCAGCUACAAUGGACCAUGACCGCGGCUGUCACGGCCAAAAACUUCAUCAGGAAGCAGAUUUUCUAUUAGAGGAACGGGACAGGAACCGCAACAGCCAAUGCAGCCCAUCCAAGUUCAGGGUCAGAGUUAAGCCAUCUCUUUCGCCAGCCAGAGCUCCCUGCAGUGUCGAAUGCUCGGGCCAACAGACUUGUUCACCAGAGUGUCCGCUGCCAGCAAGCAAUCCGGAAAGGCCAAGACUCAGGCUGAAGCUUUCCCGCCGUCAGCUCCAAAGAAACCGGUUCGCCGUCGGGGAGGCAUUUGCGAUGAACAAUCGUCUUAAACAGUGCAACUCACUAGCCGAUCUGGCUGUAUACUCGGAAGCAGUCACCAAGACGAGCAACAAGGGCGGCACAAUAUCCGGUGACAGCAAGCUUGAACCCAACCCUCAGGUUCCCUCAGGCUGCCAAGACAAAAAUGUCGAUGAUGGGCUCGAAAACUCGGCUGGGGCAUCCCCGGAUCCUUCGGAUCCCUUCAAUAUACCUUAUCCUACAUCCCCCGAAAGCAAACCGGGGACAAAAGAAUCCAUUUCGUCGUCCAAUAAAGAUACUCUUGUUCAGCGUCUAAGCAGCAGCUCGGAUACGACGCCUUAUCAAGAAGGCGGCAUUCGCAAAAAGAUGUCCUUGUUUCGGUUGCGAAUUGCCGAGUCCUUGGCUACGAAUGCGGCCAAGAAAACCGGCAACGUUGAAGGGUUGCAGCGCAGCCGCAGCCACUUGUCCAUGAGUAUGACUUGGAAGGAGUCGGAAGUAAAUCUUGAUCACUUGACCAGUGGUACAGCAAGGGGCCGUAAUGGAAAGUCAGAUUGGAUGACAAGCCGCCUAAAGCGUUGGGCAACGGAUGCCAAACGAGCAGUACGUUCUUAUGUGAGGCGCACUUUGGAUCGAUCGCCGCGAUGGAGCGAAUAA